CGUAGCCCCGACGUCGCCCACGGAAUGUAAAGCGGCGCGUUACAAUUAAAACUGCCCCUCGCUUCCCGACCAUCAGGCGGAAUCCGCGGAGUUAUCUGUGGGGGGGGGAGGGCGGCGGCGCUGCGUCACGGCCCGUGUGCGUGUAUUCGUGCGCGAGGCGGCGACCAUGAGCGGGGCAAGCGGCUGCAAUGGCGAGAGCGACACCAACAACCGUGAUAACUCCAGCGGCAAGAGCACGCACAGAGACAAGAAGAGGCCACCAGCCAUGUCUUCAGAUGCAUCCAGUGAAGAGAGUAUGCCCUCUUUCAAAAAACGAAGAAUCAAAGUCCCUAAGGGCCAUAGUGGACCAUCGUCGAAGGGUUGCCGCAGUCCUUCGAAAGAAAGGAAGCCUCGGUGCGAAAGGGAAACUGCGUAUGAAGGAGCACGAGGCAUCAUGCUGAAAUCGUUAAGGGUUGUUCUCCACAAGCUUAAUAUCGCAGGGUGUAGCUCCGAUAGGAAUGCAAGCGGCAUCACCAGGAAGAGUACCAGUGUUGGAGUAAAGGCUGUGGCUAACGUACCCGAAAUUCACGAACUGCAGCCUAAGUCUCCAGUACACAUCGCCAAACUAUGCAGCCACUGCAGUCAGUGGAUUGAAGACUUCUCCCGGCCUCAUGUUUGUUCCCCUCACUACAGUGGCAUGAGAUCUGUCUUGGUGGCCGACAUAAAUAACACCGUUUGUGCAUCUCCCGUCAGUGAGAUUGAGGAAUCUUUGCCACCGACUGACGAAGCAGCAUUGAACAUUGAAAAUAAUGCAGGUACAUAUGACAUUGCAAUUAAUAGAGUGGCUUGCAACAUUGUAACUGAUACAGAAGCAAGUUACAUUGCAACUGACGUGGCAUCCAUUGGCAUUGCCAAUGAUGUGGGUGCAAGUGACAUUGAAAAUGAUGGGACAGUUGCAAACAUUCCAAAUGAUGGACCAGUCGGUGACAUUGCAACGGAUGUGAGGGCAAGCAAUAUUGUGACUGAAAUGGCAGAAAGCGAAGUUACAUUACCAAACAGUGAAUUAUCUGAAUCGAUAUUCACAAGUCUCUCUGAUCCCUCUGGUUGCUUUGAAUCCCAGGGUGAUUCUAGUUCUCCAGCAACACUGAAGGGAAAGUCUCUAAGGUCUGGGCGCAAUUCUGUCCAGUUUUGUCACCGCUGCCACCAAAAGAUAAAUAGCAACGAUGGGCUUCAUGCUCACAUGUGUUUUGGCUCGUCAGGUCAAACGUGGCCCGAGGAGAAAAAUAAUUUUCCCCAGAACACGGCAGUGGAGUUCUCACCACGUGGACUGAACGGGCACUACAAUUUAACCCACGGAGGCAUUCGUCCAAGUUUCAAUUGCCCCUUGUGCAAUGAGUCAAUCAAAGCAUACUUGAAUUUGAAAUUGCAUUACAAUGAGCACAUGCAGGAAGAAAAAUAUAAGACCAAUGCUAAACCACUUCAGCAGUUGAAGUUUUCUUGCGCAAUUUGUAAGGACAAGAGGAAUGGAAAAAGGAAUGGUGCCAACGAAAGUACGACGGUCAUCCGGAAAAAGGUUUGCAAAAUUGUGCAAGACCCUAAUGCGCAGGUUUUCUGUUGUAUGCAGUGUAAUUUCCAACAUCCUGUCCUCCGUAUGGUAAAGAAGCAUUCCCUUCAGAAGCACAGCGUAAAUUUAGAGUGUUUUUCAUCUGAAGAGCAGGCUGCCCAAGCUCUUCGUUCUUACAGCUUGAUGUCGCCCUGCCAGAGGAAAGAUGAGAUACCGGAAGUAAAUGCAAGUGGCACACCUGACGAAACAAGCGAAUGUGACUCAACGACUGUGGAUGAUGUCAGUGUAGACGGAGGAUUGAGUGCACCUCUGUUGCCAAUCCUGAGCGGCAAUCAUGUGGGCACAGUUGACGUGAUGCGGAAACCUGAUUUGCUGAUGCUGGGUGAUGGAGAAGUCCUGGAGAAAAGUAAUCUUUUGAUGCAAAGCACAACCAAGAGUGUCCCUCUGCUUCAAGAAAACACAUCUGUCUUGCAGAAGACGAUAAACAAUCGUCCCCUUUUGCCGGUCAUAGGAAGCCGGAUUUUAAUUCCAGCCAAUUACACUUUUGAGGUUUUGGGCGUGAAGCUUGUUGACGGUAAGAAGCAGGUGGUUAUCAAGCUUAAGCAAAAAACGGAGGUGGAUUCCAUCAAGACAACAGAAAAUAAUAAUGGGGCAAGAGCAGAUAAUUCUGGUGCCAGCAAAAAUUCUGGUAAAACAAAGUCCCUGAUGAAGUUGGUGCAGUUCAAGCUAGCAAGUAAUAAUGAUGGUGACAAAACAAACCAGCCUUCGUCUGUAUCUUCAAGUAUACAGGAACAGGAGAAAAACUCUGAUUCCUCUGAGACAAUAAAAGAAAAUCAGGUGUCACACUGCAUAGAUGUUGAAGACACAGUGUCCAGCAGUGUGAGGGAAGUUGUUACCCACAAGGAAACACAGCAAGAUCCUGAAAUAACCAUUGUAGACAACCUCGCUGUGCCAGCUUCAUCCAAAUGCAAACGUUCCAUUGUUGAGUCCCUUGUAAAAGGUGCACAAGUAACAGAUAAUCCUUCGUCCCAUGCCAAGAGAAUAUGUUGGACUCGGCUGGACUCUUCGCAGGUGAUAAAGCCAAUUCCUCAGAGUACUGAAAAGUCUUCACUUACUCCAGAGUGUGCACAUGAAAGGGCCACCAACACUUACAACGUCAAAGAGAACCGUGCAGUGUCUGAACCACCUGAUCUGAUUGAUGAGCCUGAGGUCCCAGAUGAAAACAGGAUCCCUGAAAAUGAAUCCAUAAAUAAUCUCGGCAACGCAUCCACUCCGCAGUCUGGAACAGUCCAAGUGAAUGCAGCAUCGGUGGUAAAAGAUGCAAGUGUCUUGUCAGAUGAUCUGAAAGAAAUCGAAGGGGAGAUUUCUCUACAUGAACUCAAAGGGUGUAAUGGGAUGUUAAUGAUGAAAAACAUAGCAAGCCGAAGGCAGACGUUUGCAAAUGCUGAUGGCAGUGAAACAGAUGUUGCUGAAGAAAUUAAAUUGAUUGCCACAAAUUGUAAUUCCCCUGUCAAGGUGCUUGAUGAAUUUAGCACCACUGCUGAUUUGAAACAUGACCAAUAUUUGUUAGGUGAUUCCUCGAUGAAUCCUGACAUAAUCCUCAGCUCUGAGAGCAAAUUUGAUAGUGUACCAAAGCGUGGUAGGCCGAAAAAGCAUAGUUCCAAACCAUUGCUGAAAAGCAAGCAAAAAUCCACUCUCAGUGAUGCAAAUGAACAUGCACUGCCUAUAUCACAAAGUGUGGAAUUCCCCAUUACACCAUCUUCUGGUGAACUUUCCGAACAGCUACAGGAAGAUUGCGUUGAGGCUCCAACAGAUGAAAGCCAUUCACAAAUUCCUAUUGCCAAAGCAGUAAAUCAAAUAAUUGAACCGCUGUGUACUGUCACAGAAUUGUCUUCAGGUGAACCCUUGCAACGAGAAGAAUGCAACCCUUUAGAUUUGACGCAGCCUCUCGUUUCACAUUCACGCCAUGAAAUGUUACCGAUUGAAAAUCGUCUACAAUCAACCUCUGCUUCAGUCCUUCCUCCUGCUCUACCACCAGCAGACACACAAUUAUCACUGGACUCUAAUCAAAGCACUACAUUGACAUGCACCAUUCCCUCUCCCACCACACUGACUUCACCACCUGUCAUAUUCACGUCUGUUCUGCCAGAAAUGCCCGGUCAGCCAUUGAAAACUGUGCAAGAAAAGCCAUCUGUACCGAUGCAACCAGACCUUGGGAUCAUGGCUUGUAACAGCACCAGCACUGUCUUGACUCCAGAAACAAAUGCUGUUGCUAGUCCCACUACCAUGCAGUUCACUUUGCCACCGCAUAUUUUGGAAGAUUUGGUCAGGAAGCCUGGUAGCAAAGUGUUCAUCCCAGUGAAAGGUGCUUCAAAGUUGUCUCCUGCACAUUUUCCAUUUUACGUCAAGCUUACAAAUGGUAGGGUAAUGAAGAUUAUGCCUUCUGUACCGAAGUCUGAUAAUUCUGCUGCCAGUCAAGAGCCCACACUGUUAGAUAAAAGCACCAAAGGCACUCAUCACCCGUCAACAGCUGAUAUUCCUCAGUCGUCUGUUGUGUCGAAAGUGAUCCAGAAUGUGAUGCACAAAAAGGUUUCAUCUGAGAUGCAGAACCAGUGUCAAGCACCCACUCAGCAGCCCACUUACUCAUUUGCACAGCCAGCACCCUUGAUGUUGACCAAACAAUCGGAUGUAUCUCCGAGUAGCCUUCCCAUGCCUGUCUGCACGACUGUAGUAACUUUGCCCAGCACACUUUCAUUUCAGCCAUUGGUUGGAGGACAAACGACUGUUUUGACGUCAACAAUUGGAGUGUCCACAACAACUACCACACGUACGGCUACCACGAAUCAAAUGGCUCCAAAGAGUUUCAUCAUUAGCAAUUCCCAAUCUAUAAUGAUACCGUCUAUAAUGAAUCAAAAUGCACCCUUUAUAUUCUUUUCAGUAGGAGCAAAUUCAGGCCCCCAGAUAGCCUGUCCGGAAAAUGUUUUGUCCGGGAUGAUGAAUGGAGACAUCACGAGUCAUGUGCGAAUUCCUUCACAAAAUAUGCCACCACUGAUGAUUCCUGUACCACCUUUGAAGCUUUUUCCCACUCAUACAAUCUCUGCCGCAACCAACAAGGCCGACAACCUGCAUCGCUCCGUACCAAGUGCCACAGUUCAGCUUCCCCCACCACCUCCGAUCAUCAUUAAAACGUAUCCCAGCUCAGCCAAGCCAAUACAAUUGCACUUUCCAUUGAUAUCGACUCAAGCUUUAGCUAAAGCGUGCAACACAGAAAAAAGCAGUCAACACACUUUAAAUGUUUUCACCCCCUUGAGUGCUUUUGACAAGGGUUUCGGGUCCAUGUCUCCCUCGCAAAACCUGCUUACGGUAGGUCCAACAAUUGCUGUUUCCUCCAAGAAGCCUCCUGAGACAAUGCCCCCACAACCCAUACCUCUCAUACAGCCUUUGGCAUCGGCAAAUCUGAAGUAUUUCACGAAUGCUCAUGUGUUGGGGAGCAGUGUUUUGGAUUCUCAAAAGCAAACAGAAAUCUCUCAACAUGAUGGUCUGUUAAACAGUACAGCUGCAAUUAAUGACUCUCCUGUUCUUAAAGAUUCUGCUGAUUCCAAGCUCAUUACUCAACCCAUGUGCCCAGCUGAAAACCAUGAACCUCAUUUCCAAGUGGCCUGGGAUGAUUGCAGAAGUAAACCGAAAGAUGUUGGACCUUGCAAGGCUCUUCCUUCCAUCAACGGGGCAAUGCUAAUAAUUUCAGAGUUGCCAGCACAAACAGCUCAAAUUGGAAAUGUCAAAGAUUUGAGAGAUAUUGAAAAGGAGACAUCUCAAACCACCACAAAUAUUCAGCCGGCUUCAAUUUCUUCACCUUUUGUCCAAGGUGAACUUUGCUCCAAAUCACAGGGAGAUGUUCCAAGUGGGUUUCUACCAAAUGUGGUCAUUUCUAAAAUGGCAUCAUCAGAAUUGAUAAGCAACAUGAAUUGUGCAUCAGUGAUUUAUAAAGCAGUUUCUAAAAACGGUGGAUAUGCAGACAAUGCCCAUGAAAUGGCAAAGCGUGACUUUGAUUUGAAAUCGCAGUUGGACCAGAACAAGAGCUCUGCUGAGUCAACAGGUGGAGAAGUACACAUUGAUGGUCGAGCAAAGUCAAAUGUAGCCAUACAUUCUUUAGAUACCGAAGAAUCGACAACACCAAGAACUCUUUCAGACUGUGUACAACGUGUGUCUAGAGUCUACGUCUCUAAUGAUAGAGAUUCAGUAGCAAAAUUGGGUCAAGGAGAACCUGCAUCAGAAGCUGAAGAUGCAGCAGCAACGCUCAUGGCACUUGCGCACUGUGGUGAAUUAAUAUCUAACACCCGUCACGCGAUUGUGAAUACGGAGAUCAAAAAAGCGGGCGAUUUAAAAUCUGCAUCGAAGUCUGACUAUGUUGUAGCACCCAAGACCCUUGCAAGUGGUGUUGAAUCGACUUCCAAAGUAUCAAAUGUUACCAAAGUGGUCUCAGAGGCAGAUAUGCGUGAAGGGAAACCUGUGUCGGAACCGGAAACUGAUGUGAACUUUGACACCCAAGGUGAACCUGGACAUGUGACAUUUGCAAACGUUUCUCCAUUGAAGCGUAAGAUACAAGGAACUAACCAAGUAAAGAUAAAAAUAAGGAAACCCACAUGCAAACCUCAGUCGGUAAUGGCAUCUACUGAUAUGAAAACCCAAGCAAGAUCUGCCUACUUGGCUACCUGCAUUUCAUAUUUCCGGGAAAAACACAACACAGCUUUGAGAGUAGUUAAAACGAAACCCAAUAGUCCCUCAAAUGAAGCCUGCCUUCUACCUAUAUCUGUCCGUGAAUCCAAAGAGCAGUUCACCAAACCAGCCCGGACUUUGAAGAAGAAAGUGGACGAUAAAGAGCUCCAGACAGACAAUGCAUGUUCCAGUUUCUCUUCACAGCUACCGCUAUCCCUGCCCAUCAAGCCUCUGUACAUCAAGCAGGCUCACAAAAAGCCGAGGGCCAAUCAGCCGGUGGUGGUGCUCAAUCACCCAUACAUAGACCCACAGGAGGUGGUCAACCUGAUGAGGACGGUGAACAUGUACCCAGGUUGUAUCAUCAAGGUGGUGCUGUCCCGCCGCACACUGGCAGCAAUGGAGGCCUCAAAGCAAGAACAGCGAUUACUCAAGCAGAUCUCGGUGCACAUAGCCAAGGACCCAACAUCCAGGCCUGGUGGCCAGACCACGAAGGAGCACCACAAGAUGCUGGAGCAGCGCCGGGGAAUCCUGAAGAUGAAGUUGAGGAGGAUGAGCUCCAACAGUUAUCAGGUGGUCCACACGGCAGUGCACACUCGCACCUGCACAUCCCAGAAGACUCGCUUCUCCUGCUGGUUCUGCGGCCGUGUGUUCUCGGGGCAGGAGGAGUGGGUGAGCCACGGGCAGCGCCACCUUUCGGAGGCGACGCGCAACUGGGGGACGAUAUUCCCCUCCGCCAUCGCCAAGGCCGCAUUCUCGACCACCCUGGCCAUCUGAAGAACUGGCACCCUCCUGCCAGCCGUUUUCUGGGCUUGGAGUAUAAUAACGGGACAAUACCAUUUAGAUUCAGGCUGUUUUAUGUCGGUGUGUUGCGCUCCCCUCUGAUGGCAGGGGUAAUUUCUGGACUUGCGCAAUUGAGCCAGAAGGAAGACAAUCCAGCGGGUUAGCGGAACAAGCCGGAUCUUUGUUGUUUAGUGCGACGAGGACAAGGGGUCUGGUUUGAUUACCGUCACAGUCUGUAGUUAAUACACAGCAGCAACAGGAAGGUGCCAUGCAGAUUUGGAGCGCUCAUUAUGGGCUUGAUCCACCGUUCAAUCCAGCGGUUGUUGGCACUUGCUGAAGGACUGCUUGGCACGAGGUUGAAAGUUGAACUCCCAUCUUGCAAUUAAAAUGCAACACUUCAUGGGAUCAUGCUAGGCUAAUUUGGGGGCAUCAGUCGUUCUAAAUCAGAAAAUGGCCCCCUUUGUCUUGGAUGAAAUGGUUGAUUGCCACCGGAAGUAAGCAGCGAUGUUGCUAAGGGUUUCUGCCCAUGUCAUCCCUGUAAAUAUUCCGAGAAUUAAAUGGAAAGAUACUGACUGCUGAAGAAAGUAGGUGGUGGGUGGGGGGGGGGAAACGUGUUUCGAUAUUGAUUUUGUGAUUGUCAGUUUCAUAACUCGCAACUAGAAAUGUACCUGCAGCAACUAGUGAUGCACAAAGUUAAUCAAUUUAAGACUCCAUAACUCCAAGGCAAACUGAACAACACAUGGGGAACGACUGUCAACUUUACUAACGGGAAAAAAUGGAAAUAUUUAACAUAGCAUGUAUGUAAAUAGACAUCGAUUAGUUAAAAAAAAACUUUCCUUAUGCGGACGAUUACAUACCAGUCAUGUUUGUGUGUGUGUGUGAAUAGUUUGUUAUUUAUGCUAUUACAUUUAGGCCAAAGGUGCGGGAAGUGUUGUAUAAAUAACAGUUCUUAGAUUGAAUGGUAGGACCUGUAUUGUUCAGUUGCGAAGGUAAAAAUUUAAUAAUAUUACAAGACUAAGAUAUGCGGAAAUCCCUCAAGUCCUGCCUGGCUUAUGGGCAGUGGCUACGAGCUAAUGGAAUAGCCGUAACCCGACCUGCGAUCCCUAUUGCUAACUCUAAUCUCAUCAUAUCUCACUUGCCCCAAUUUUUAUCACCCAGUACGAACCCUAAACCACAACCCCCAACUUAACCUCCCUGGAAGGCAUUGACAGUGGAGUUGGCAAAAUUAAAUCACGUGAUUUACACGAGGCUUGAUUUAAACAGAUGUGAGUGCUCAUACCAGGUUUGUUACACACUAUCCACUAAUUUUUUUUCCAAUUGUAAAAUAUGGUCUUUUCACUUUUUAUAUUGUGCACGUUGCAUAUACAGGAUGUUGGUGAAUUUGAGACACGACUGCCUUGCUUUGUUCACGGUCUUGAACACCUUGGACAUGUAUCGCCAGAUAGAUUGGGGAUGGCUUGGAGACCAUCCAGAAGUGAAUGAGUCAUGACAUGAUUUGGCGGCUUAACAGUUUUGUUUCUAGGUGUAACAAUUCACUACCCGUAGCCUCUGAAAUAUUAUCACUUGCGAUUGACAGAUCACGAUUUAAUAAUCGUGAUAAAAGUGUCCUUUAUCUUAAAUGUCUUUAUUGGCUGCAGAGGUAAAAAUGAACUCGCUACAUACGCACAUUGAAACUUCCACGUGUUUAUACGACACUUGUAUUUAGAGCGUCUACAUUGAUCACUGCGUUGGGGACACCAAUCAGGUCCAAGUGGCAGAGUGCGAGUGGCUCGUAUUCGGAAAAGUUGCGAGUUCAAAUCCUGGUAGUAGAGGGUUGACUUGGCUCCUCUCUCCGGUAGUCAAAACUAGUAGCUUGUGGGGGAAGUCAACAGUGGUUAUUCUGUGGGUAGACUUUCCCUCCACCAUAAAAUGAGCAAUUCCCUGCGCAUUUGAGGAAGGAAAUCACUCCCAACUAAUCACUGCACCUAUAGAAUCAUUGAAGAUACAACAAAAAACAUCAAGCUAAAUAAAUGGGCUUCACCCUUGGGUGAGCCUAGAAACAUGCCACUGCUGCACACAUUACAAGAGCUGUUUACGUUCGGUUGCUGACAUUUCCUCCCCACAUGCAAAAACCCUACAACCACAUGUUUUUUAUUCUCAGGUUUGAGUGCUGCCUGAAUAAAAAGCGGUUUUGAAAAAAACA